AAACCUUUGACAGAUCUGUCUUCAGAUAUUUCUUGGCCCAGUCUUGAUGUGUCGUGCUCAGUGGUGGUCUGGUUUCAGCUGUCCUUACCUCGGCCCUGUCUCUGAGCUCUGAACAUCUCGUCCAUCUGGGCACUCCAGAGAUAAUGAAUGAUGUCAUCAAGAAGGCAAGAGAAAAAGGAAAAUGGAAGGUGCUAGUGGUGGACAGGCUGAGCAUGAGAAUGAUCUCCUCGUGCUGUAAGAUGACAGACAUCAUGUCCGAGGGAAUCACAAUUGUAGAAGAUAUAGGCAAGCGGCGUGAGCCUCUCCCCAGCAUGGAGGCCAUCUACCUGAUCACCCCCUCAGAUGAGUCUGUUGAGGGUCUGAUCGAUGACUUCAGAGACCCGCAGUCUCCACGAUACCGAGGGGCUCACGUCUUCUUCACCGACACGAUCCCAGACAUUCUGUUUGGGCUGCUGACCAAAUCCCGCGCCUCCAAAGCCAUGAAGGCCUUGACUGAGAUCCACGUCGCCUUUCUGCCCUACGAGUCUCAGGUCUUCUCUCUGGACAAAGCUGAUGCCUUUCAGGACUUCUACAGCCCCUUCAAGGCUGAUGUGAAGAACAACAUGCUGGAGCGCUGUGCUGAGCAGAUCGCCACCCUGUGUGCCACGCUCAAAGAGUACCCUGGAGUCCGGUACCGAGGAGAUUACAAAGACUGUGCAGUCCUGGCUCAGAUGCUUCAGGAGAAGCUCGACGGCUACAAGGCUGAUGACCCCACCAUGGGAGAGGGUCCAGACAAGUCUCGUACUCAGCUGCUCAUUUUGGACCGUAGCUUUGAUCCCGUGUCACCCAUCCUGCAUGAGCUCACCCUGCAGGCCAUGUCCUACGACCUGCUGGGCAUUGAAAAUGACGUGUACAGUUUUGAGACCAGUGGGAUGGGAGAGACGAGGACAAAGGAGGUGUUGCUAGAUGAAGAUGACGACCUGUGGCUGACUCUGAGACACAAACACAUUGCAGAAGUGUCAACGGCUGUGACUCGCUCUUUGAAAGACUUCUCUGCCAGCAAAAAGAUGAACACUGGAGAAAAGACCACCAUGAAGGAGCUGGCUCAGAUGCUGAAGAAGAUGCCUCAGUAUCAGAAAGAGCUCAGCAAGUAUUCAACCCAUCUGCAUUUGGCUGAAGACUGUAUGAACCGCUACCAGGGCACUGUGGACAAACUCUGUCGUAUAGAGCAGGAUCUGGCGAUGGGCAUAGAUGCAGAGGGGGAGAAGAUCAAGGAUCCCAUGAGACUCAUUGUACCCAUUCUACUGGAUGCCAACGUCACUGUGUCUGACAAAAUCCGCAUUAUCCUGCUCUACAUUUUCCUCAAGAAUGGUGUGACUGAGGAGAACCUGUGUAAGCUCCUUCAGCAUGCUAAUAUCCCACCAGAGGACAGUGACAUCAUUUCCAACAUGGCCCACAUGGGCAUCCCCAUUGUCUCUGAGGUAACCGUGAAGAAGGCCAAGAAGCCAGAUCGUAAGGAGCGGAUCAGUGAGCAGACCUACCAGCUGUCCCGCUGGACGCCUCUGGUGAAGGACCUCAUGGAGGAUGCCAUUGAGGAAAAACUUGACCCGAAGCAGUACCCGUACAUCUCCCAGCGACAAGCAUCUUCCAAAGCCAGCGCUCCAUCAAGUGCUCGCUAUGGUAACUGGCAUAAGAACAGGGGCCCCACAGAGAUGAAGACAGGGCCCAGGAUCAUCGUUUUUAUUAUUGGAGGGAUGACGUACAGCGAGAUGCGCUGCGUGUAUGAGGUCACACAGGCCAACGGGAAGUGGGAGGCUUUGAUCGGUUCCACCCAUAUUCUGACCCCCCCGAAGUAUCUAAAGGAACUACAGCACCCAGACUUCCUGGACCCCAACGUCCCUCCAGAGGGCCCAGAAGAGCCGCCUGCUGAAUGAAAAGAGAUUUGAAAGAUUCCCUGCAUCUGCAUCCCUUCUCGCCUUCUGAAAGCCCUCAAAUACUUGGAGCAGUGGUCCAUCCUCAGCCCUCAGCAGUAACAACAAACCACCCCCCCAGCAUGAUGCAUCACAUACACUUCAUGUUGUAUCAAAUUCUGUUGUUUUUCUCUGGUAGGAUUUACGACUGUGUUGAUGUUGAUCACAUUUUGCUCGACAAUAUUUUAUUUGUCUGUAAUGAUGUCUACUGUCUAUUGUGGGCAGUUCUUUUUUAGAAAAUAGACGUGUGUGAAUUAGUUUAGGUGAUAAAAUGAGAUUCAGGGAUUAUGGGCUGUAAAUGAAAGCUAACAGAGUACACUGGGAGAAUUAUUACACUGAUUCACAGAGCAAAACAUGCUUUGACAUUUUCUGUGGAUAUUCUAGAACCUGUCCUCUACGAAUCAUCUCUUUUCCUUUGUUGCUAGUGCUUCCCUUACAGUCGCAACCAUGCCAUACGGUACAAACAAUCAUAUUUGCAGUGAUGUUUCGGAAAAACUUGGAAAUGCCAACAUGAAGCCCCUCUGAAUAUAUAUGUAGCUGUAGACCGAGCAUUGGAGUGGUACAUACUUGUUGGAUUGUCUCAUGCAUUGUGUCAGUAAACAUCCGUGUGUUGUUCCUGUUGAAAUUCAGUUUGCUUUUGGUUUCCUGUGUCUGACCUUUGUGAUGUGAUUAUUGUUGUGUAGUGAUCCACUGUGUAUGAUGACAGACGUCAGUAUUAUGACCAGUAUGUUCUUGUACGUUCAAAUGGAUGAACAAAACUCACAGGAUGUGAGUUAGCAAAUAAACCUA